CUCUACCCCUUUUCUCCCUCCCUCUCUUCAUCAUCGCUCCCCAAAUCUAGGGUUUCCGACUCUCUCGCUCCCGCUCUUCCCCUUUUUCUUCUCCUUCUACUAGGGUUGCUCUUCUUCCCCAAUUUGAUUCAAUCUGUUCCAUUAUCGGUGGUCAGAUCGCGCUGCUGGAUUUCUUGGAGCUCUCCACCCCAGCGAAACCACCAGCUCUUGAGAUGUUCUGGCGCAUCCCCAACUUCGCCGCUUCUUCUCCAGUGGAGAAUAUUCUGGACAAGGAAACUUUCACUUUGGAAGAACUUCUAGAUGAAGAAGAUAUAAUCCAAGAAUGCAAAGCUCUAAAUACCCGUCUUAUAAAUUUCCUCAGAGAUAGAACUCAGGUAGCACAGUUACUUCAGUACAUCAUUGAAGAUGCUCCUGAAGAUGCUGAAAACAGGAGAAUUUUCAAGUUUCCCUUCAUUGCCUGCGAGAUUUUUACUUGUGAAAUUGAUGUGAUUCUCAAGUCCUUGGUAGAGGAUGAGGAGCUGAUGGACAUGCUUUUCUCCUUUUUGGAACCUAAUCGUCCUCAUAGUUCCUUGUUGGCUGGGUACUUUAGCAAGGUUGUCAUUUGCCUGAUGUUACGGAAGACAAUGUCACUCAUGAAUUAUGUUCAAAACCGUGAAGGUAUAUUCCGCCGGCUGGUUGAUCUGAUAGGCAUUACAUCUAUCAUGGAGGUUUUGGUUCGUCUUGUUAAUGCAGAUAACAUGUAUCCAAAUUAUAUGGAUGUCAUGCAAUGGCUAGCUGAUAGUGAUCUUCUAGAGAUGGUUGUCGAUAAGCUGAACCCAUCUAUGUCGCCUGAAGUUCAUGCUAACACUGCAGAGGUGCUAUGGGCAAUUAUUCGAAAUGCGCCUUCGGCGUUAGCCAGCAAACUUACCAGCCCUUGCUUUAUCGCAAAGAUAUUUAGCCAUGGCCUGGAAGAUCCACUUUCUAAAUCAGCUCUUGUUCAUGCACUUUCUGUGUGCAUCUCUUUCUUGGAUCCAAAAAGAGCAUCUCCAACUGUAACUCAUUCAAUUAGAAGUCAACAUGUAUAUGAACAAUGUACUGAUGUAAAUGCUGAGACUGUUAGCGCCAUGCUGACUAAGUUGGGUGACUUACUUAAAAUUUUGAAUGUAUCAUGUGAGGAGAAUAUCCUUCCCACUACCUAUGGUGAAUUACGACCUCCAUUUGGGAAGCAUCGUUUAAAAAUCGUGGAGUUUGUAUCUGUGUUGCUGGGAACUGGUGAUCAACGUGCUGAAAAUCAAUUAAUCAGCUGCAGUGCCAUCCAAAGAAUCCUAGAUCUCUUUUUUGAUUACCCAUUUAAUAACGCAUUGCACCAUCAUGUGGAGAGUAUAAUAGUUUCAUGCCUUGAGAGCAAGAAUGCUGCCAUAGUUGAUCAUCUGUUUCGUGACUGCAAUUUGGUUCAGAAAUUCCUAGAGGCAGACAAAAAUCCUGUUCUUUGCUGUGAUGCAAAUGUGCUGACAUCGCCUACUGCCUCUAGGCAGCCACCUCGAGCUGGCUACAUUGGACACAUCACACGGAUAGCUAAUAAGAUUGUUCAAUUAAGCAAUAAUAAUGAGCAUAUCUGGGCAUACCUAAAGGACGACAGUGAAUGGAUGAAUUGGCAAAAUGUUCUUUCUGAGCGGAAUGCUGUGGAAAAUGUUUAUAAAUGGGCUUGUGGUCGCCCGACUGCCAUGCAAGACAGAAGGGACAAUGACGAAGAUGAAAUCUAUGAUAGAGACUAUGAUGUGACAGCCUUGGCAAAUAAUUUAAGCCAGGCAUUUAGAUAUUGUGUCUAUGAAAAUGAUGAUACAAACGAGGUACACGGAUCAAAUGAUCAAGAUGAUGAGGAUGAAUACUUUGAUGAUGAUUCUGCUGAAGUUGUCAUUUCUUCUUUGAGGCUUGGAGAUGAUCAAGAGAGGUGUCUUUUUACAAAUUCCAAUUGGUUUGCGUUCCAAGAUGAGAAGAUUUCUGAGGAACCUGUGAGCACUUCUGCACUUGACAGGUUGGAAGAGAUUGAUCUUAAUGGAACUGAAAGCCACAACAGUAGUAAAGGAGAGGUGCUAAUGAGUGGCAAUGGCUUGCCUAGCCUUCCAAGCAUGAAUGGGUUGACAUGUCCUGAUGUCCCAGGGGCAGGUGCUCCUGUUGACUUGGAACCUUUUCAAUUUGAGACAAGAGGCAAUGAUGAUCUAUUCAAUGAUGCCAAUGUGCCUGACUGGGUUGGAUGGUGUGGGCCAUCAGAUAUUCUUGUGGAUGGGCCUACUGAAGAUUGUUCUUUUCCAGCAGAUACUGUAGUUUCUGUUACCAACGGAAGUCCUAUGAGCAUUUCUGAGUCCAGUGCGGAAGGGGAAACUGGUGAGCCAGAUGCUUUGUUAUUUGAAGAUGAUGCUGAAUUUGUAGGUGUUGAAAUGGAAGGAACAGUAAGGAUAGAUGAACAUGUAAUAGAAGGUGGUAUUAACGGAACUGCAGCAACCAACAGCCGUUCACAGCUACCUGAGUUGCGAAAAAAUGAAGCUGCUGGAAUAAUGGAAUUCAAUGAUCUGAACCGUUGGAGGGUGGAACCUGAGGUUGGUGUGGUUCAGGAGUAAUGGCUUGCAUGUACCUGUAACCUUGGCAACUGGUAUGAACAGGCAAGUAUCUGAACUCCAGUGGUAUAUCUGGCAGCAGGUGUACAUGUACUGUAUCAUAUGAUCGUUUAGUUUUAUGUUUUUUUGUGUUCCUGAUGUGGUAUGAAUGUCAUCUCAAUUUGGUUCUCAUUGAUGCAGCUAUCUAUUAUUAUCAACAUCCGGUGGAAACUUUGAUCUUGAUGUGUUACCAAAUUUUUGUUAAUCCUUUUUUUAUGUU